AUGCUUGCUGACAUGCAAAAGGAAGGCAGUCGCAACACAAGGUACUUCAUUCGUUUGUUUCUGCGCAUCAUCCAACACAUGGAGGGCAAGGCCACCAAACAGAACACACCAUCAACAUGGCGGAAGGACCAGUUACCGUUCAUCUUUGACACGCUGGACGACAUCGAUCACUUCACCCCUCGCAUCGGCAACAGCUCCACCUUGGACAGCUAUAUGAAGUUGAUGGAGCCAGCAUUCAAACUGAUUGACAAGUUCAAGGGUCCUGAGUUCUUGGCACGAUUCAAUCGGCAGCACAUAGUGGAUAUUGCCUCCAAUCUCUCAAACAAUACGAUCACGGUCAUUGACUCGAUACAGAGCACCGAUAUUGGUCGCGCGGUGUACCCAUCAUCCAACUACUUCAAACACUCAUGUCUACCAAACUGCACCCACUACCUGGACAGCAAUGGCAUGUCGGUGUACCGCACUACUCAAGCCAUCAAGGCAGGAGAGGACAUCACGACAACAAUGCUGGAUAUCAUGCUCUCACGAUCGAAGCGCAUCGACUCCCUCCUUGAAGAGAAUGGAUUCUACUGCCAGUGCCCCCGGUGCGUCGCCAACAACCAGGACUACCAAUGUCCUACAUGUGAACAGGCGUUGGACUCAAACCAUUUGCGUAUCUGGGAGCCGAUCCCGUCAGCCGACUUUGACGGGCGGGUAUACCAAUGA